GUAAGGUUUGUUUUAUUACUGCGGCAACAUUUCAUCGAUCUGCCGACGCCGCUGUCAAACAAUCGUGUGUGAUUUGCGGAGAAAACCAAUUUGUUUCGUAGAUUUUCUUUUUAGUACUGCAAUUAAAUUUACAACAAAAUGAAGAAAACUCAAACUCGAUCAAAAACUUUGAACGAUCCUGUUAUAGUGUCUCGUGUUAAAAACUACUUGGCGGAGAACGUGGACAAGACGUUCGUCGAUGUUAGUCAAAUGGCGCGUUCUCUCAAAGAGCGUUACCGUGAAUAUAACAAUAGGGGCGACAGUGCGUUUUGCCAAAUGGUUGAAAGUGCAUACAAAGUCGUGUUACAAAGUUAUGGAUUAGAUGGAGCGUCUACAUCGGAAGGGUCGGAAGAGGAAUCGGACUUGGAGCUAUUAGAUGAAAACAAUAGUGCAUUGAACGAUCGUUUACUUGCUAUGUACAAAAUGCAGGAUAAAAAGCGCCCAGCAGCUGCACGUCGCGCAACUGACAAAUCGGGAGAACCUAUAGAUAUCAUAAGCAGUGAUGAAGACGGUUCUGCUCCAAAAUUACCAAAAAUCAAUGAUCAAAUCACCAUAACACCCCACAUUCCCUCUCGGAAUGCCAACAGCACUGCUUUAGAAAGCACUCCUAAACCACAACCAAAUAUAAACACUGGUGAUAAAAGAAAAAAAGUUGAAGCAAAUAAAGGAAGCCUGAGUAAGAAAAAGUAUGAUGUUGGAGCGACUAAAACUGUCAAGGUCAGUUUUGAUGAUGUUGGAGGUAUAUCUGACAUAAUAACACAAAUAUGUGAUUUAAUAUUACAUAUGAGGCAUCCCGAAGUGUAUAAUAAAUUGGGCAUCAAAGCACCAAGAGGUGCAUUGUUGCAUGGCCCUCCUGGAACUGGGAAGACAUUGUUAGCACAUGCGAUUGCAGGCAAAUUACAACUCCCACUUAUUGCUGUAACAGGUACUGAGUUAGUAGGAGGUGUAUCUGGUGAAUCAGAGGAAAGAAUAAGAGAACUGUUUGAAAGAGCAGUAUCAUUGGCUCCUAGUGUAUUGUUUAUAGAUGAGAUUGAUGCUGUUUGUGGUAACAGAGUCCAUGCUCAAAAGGAUAUGGAGAAGCGGAUGGUGGCUCAGUUGUUAGCUAGCUUAGACAAUUUGACUGAGAGCAAUGACUCUGUGCUUAUACUCGCUGCAACUAAUAAUCCAGAUGCCUUAGAUCCUGCAUUAAGAAGAGCAGGACGCCUUGAGCAAGAAAUUACUUUAGGUAUUCCUUCUUUAAAAGCUAGGAAAGAGAUCUUAGCAAUAUUAUGUAAGAAUUUGGUUUUAAGUGAAGAUAUUGAUAUGAAUGUAUUGGCUCAAAUAACUCCUGGAUUUGUUGGAGCUGACCUUCUAGCCCUUGUGAACAAAGCUAGCACUUAUGCAGUAAAAAGAAUUUUUGCAGAAAUUAGGGCUAAUGAAGCAGAAUCAAAGAAAGUAGAUGUUGAACAAGAACAACCACCAAAAGAAGAUACAGUUUUACCCAAUGGAGAAAAAGAGAGCGAGGAACCUGCAAAAGAAGGAGAAGAUGCCCCUCAAAACGAACUUCCAGCUCAAUCGGAGAAAACUGAUACCUCUUCCGAGCCAAAUGAAGACAAAAGUUCUACAACUGAAACAAAUCAUCUUGAUAAUGAAGUAGUGGAAAAACCAAUUGAUCCAAUUGAUGAAGUAAUCCAUCUUUUAGAAGACACAAAACCAUAUUCAUUAGAAAAAUUAUCUGGCCUCUCUAUAUGUCAUGAAGAUUUUGUGAAUGCUUUGAAAACAACUAAACCCUGUUCAGUCCGUGAAGGCAUUGUCACUGUACCUGAUGUCACAUGGGAAGAUGUUGGUUCUUUGAGUCAGGUCCGUAAAGAUUUGCAAAUGGCUGUUUUAGCUCCUGUAAAAUAUCCAGAACAACUAAAAAAACUUGGUUUAGCUGCUGCCAGUGGAGUUUUGCUCUGUGGUCCACCUGGUUGUGGUAAAACCUUGCUUGCCAAAGCAGUUGCAAAUGAGGCUGGAGUAAAUUUUAUUUCUGUAAAAGGCCCCGAGUUACUAAAUAUGUAUGUUGGUGAGAGUGAAAGAGCUGUGCGUACAUGCUUUAGACGUGCACGAAAUUCUGCACCAUGUGUUAUAUUUUUCGACGAAUUUGAUGCUUUGUGUCCUCGUCGUACUUCACAAGACCAUAACGGUGCAGCCAGAGUUGUAAAUCAACUGUUGACUGAGAUGGAUGGUAUAGAAAGUAGAGAAGGUGUAUUUGUAUUGGCUGCUUCAAACAGACCUGAUAUAAUUGACCCUGCUGUACUACGACCAGGUCGUUUAGAUCGUGUAAUGUAUGUUGGUAUGCCAGCCAGAGAUGACAGGUUAGAUAUCCUGCAAAAGUUAACCAAAGGAGGCACCCAACCCAGACUAGGCCCAGAUGUAGACUUGCGAGUUAUUGCUGAAAUUACUGAAGGUUACACUGGUGCAGACUUAGCUGGACUUGUGAAAGCUGCAGCUACUAGUUCUUUGACUAACCACAUUUCCAACGGAACCAUAGAUUCUGAAGAAGACAUACUUGUUGUUUUUGAAGACUUUAGAACAGCAUUAACCAAAUGUAAACCAUCAGUAUCUUCUAAAGAGCAGCUACAUUAUGAAAAGUUGCGAAUAAAAUAUGCUUCAGGGCCUGAUGACAUGGAAAUGGAGACUGAACCAACCAAUGAAGAAUCCAUGGAUACUGUUUGAGAAUCAUUCAACAAUUGGGUUUUACAAACAUGAAUUUUCAUUAUCACUGUUCAACAUAACAUCUUGUAAUUUAAACCGAUAGUGCCAAGUUUAUCUUAAUUUCAUGUUGGAACAUUUAGUGUGUACAAUGAUUAUAAUGAAAAUAGUAAAAGUUACUGUAAUUGGUUGAUUGAUUCUAAAGGCAA